AUGUCUUCACAAACAUCACGUCAUCAAUCAUCAGUUAAAACUCAUGGUCUUCGUUUUUUAACACAAAUUUCUUCAUCAUCAAAUUCUAAUCCUUCAACUUCAAAUCUACAAAUAAAUGAUCCAUCAGGUCCUCUUACACCUGAUUCUGUUGUAUAUGUUAAUCCAUUUGUAGCAACUAAUAAUCAAUCAUUAUUACCUAAUGUUCGUAUAAUUGGACAAUAUGAAUUAAGUGAAACAAAAUUAGAUGAUUUUAAAUGUGCACGUCAUAUAAUAACAAAUGAAAUUUAUUUAUAUAAAGAAUAUCCACUUGAUAUACUUCGUCAACGUUUAGAACCAUAUCAACGUCUUACAAAAAUAUUAUUAUCAACAAUUAAAAAUAAACAUUUAAUUAAAUCAAUGACAAUUGAACAAUUAGCUGCUAAAUAUCAUUUACAUUUUUUUUUUGAUAUUUUAUCAUUAGAACAAACUGCUAUUGUUUUAUAUCCAAAUUAUACAAAUAAUUUACAUACAUAUAUUACAGAAAAACAUCGUCUUAAUGAAUAUGAAACAAAAAAUUUAUUUACACAAAUUGUACAUGCUGUACAAAUGUGUCAUCAAGUUGGUUUAAUUAUACGUGAUUUAAAAUUACGAAAAAUAAUAUUUAAUAAUAAUGAACAUUCAAAUUUAUUACUAACAGGUCUUGAUGAAGCUAUUAUGCUUACAAAUCCAACAACAACAAAUGAUUUUGUUUCUUCACGUUUUUCAUGUCCGGUGUAUGCAUGUCCUGAAAUCGUUCUUAAUAGACAAAUGUAUUCAGGAAAAUUUGCUGAUUCAUGGAGUCUUGGUAUAAUAUUAUAUACAAUGUUAUUUGGUCGUUAUCCAUUUUGUGAUCGAACUCUUGUAGGUUUAUUUAUUAAAAUUGGUCGAUGUCGUCCUGAUAUACCUCGAACAAUAUCAAUUAAAGCACGUUCAUUACUUCGUUCUUUAAUUCGUGUUAAACCUGAUGAACGUCUUCUACCACAAGAUAUACUUGGACAUGUUUGGUUUAAUAAUACUGAUCGUGAUAUAUCAAUGAAUACAUCAUUAAUAAAUGAUGAAUCAUUAUUAUUUAAUAAUACUAGUAGUAGCAAUAAUAAUAAUUGUACGAAUAACAGUAAUGAAUCAACAAUAAUAGAAGAUGCAGUCGUACCAAAUUUUGAAUGUGAAUAG